UGUUUUUGCUUUUUUUAAAGUAUCAAUUACAUCCUGUAGAAUAUAGAUGGUGUUUAAUACUUUAUGUAAAUCAAAUAAGUUUUAGUUAUAAUUGGAAUAAAAGUUUUGUUCCACUAAGUACACGGACGAUAUUUUUCGGAGUACACAAAUUCUGUGCAAAAGCCGGAUCGAAAUGAUUUUUUCACCUGGCCAAUCGGAACGGGUUAUUAUCGACUAAUCGCUGACCACCUCUCUCGGUCAAGAUCACCAAUGGCGAUUGUCGUUAGUGGGGGUGCUGUGAUAUCGGAGAGCAGACAGUUAAUCGUCGACUCGGUAUAAAGUGUAUACAGAGGACCGUCUGGCUCAUUCAUUCAUUUGACACUCGUCGAAGAUGGCACGUACCAAGCAGACCGCAAGAAAAUCUACUGGAGGUAAAGCUCCACGUAAACAACUGGCCACCAAGGCAGCCCGUAAGAGCGCUCCAGCAACUGGUGGCGUCAAGAAACCCCACAGAUACAGGCCAGGAACCGUCGCUCUUCGUGAGAUCAGGAGAUACCAGAAAAGCACAGAGCUGCUGAUCAGGAAACUGCCAUUCCAGCGUCUGGUCCGUGAGAUUGCUCAGGACUUCAAGACCGACCUGCGUUUCCAGAGUUCAGCCGUCAUGGCUCUCCAGGAAGCCAGCGAAGCCUACCUUGUCGGACUCUUUGAGGACACCAACUUGUGCGCUAUCCACGCCAAGAGAGUCACCAUCAUGCCCAAAGAUAUCCAGCUUGCCAGACGUAUCCGUGGCGAGAGAGCUUAGAUUCUCUUUUGUCUCUUGACAAACUCAAAACGGCCGUUUUCACGGCCACCAAAACCUUUAGAAAAGAUGCCUUCACAUUACAUACAAUUGAUACUCUAAUUAUUGAAUAAGCGUGCAUUCAUCUAUAAUAAAUAUAUGUAAGAUGGCUCGCAUAAACACACGCACA